GGCAAAAAAAAGAAACGAAGCCAAUCAGCUUCAGGAAGUGCAGUUGUCUGGGGUUUGGCACGCACGUGAACGCGCACGACGCGCAGCAGCGUCUCCGCAGAGCUGUGCUCCGCUGCAGCGCGCUGCCACAGACACUUUGACGUGCGGACUUCUCCAAGUCGAGACCAGCUCUAACUUUAUCUACUUUCACUGCACCGCAAAAAGAUUCAAAAGGUUCAUCAUGGGAAACAGGUUCAGCAGAAGGCGGAAUGUCUCAAUCAAUAGUGCUGAAACUGCUGUCACUGCAGAGGAGCCAGCGACUACACAACCAGGAGGAGACUCUGGGAUGACAGCGACUCAGGAGGCUGUUAAGACAGAGAAUCUAGAUGUGGUGGUGGGGAAGGAAGUUACACCAGUGGCAUGUUUACCCACUGAAGAAUGUGUAUCAGAGUGUAAAGAGGCAGAGGCCCCUGCUUCAGCCCCACUGAAUGAUGCUGAACCAGAGCCUGAGGCAAAGGAAACCCCAGCUCCAGUUCAACCUGAGCCUUUGGUCUCAGUCAGCACACCCUCACCUCCAGAACCAGAGCCUGUUGCUGCAGAACCAACCUCAGAUCCACAGGUAGAUGUUGAGGCUGUCCCCGAGCCCAUCUCUGAGCCAGUACCAGCUCCAGCUGAGGCUCUGGAGCAGGAGGCAGACAUGCUUACCCAGGAGUCUCUCCCUGAGCCAAUGAUCUCUCCACCCCCUUUGGUCGACCUGGGUGCCCCUGAUGUAACUCCCCAACUUAUCGACACUCCCAUCUCUGUCCCAGUCAAUGCAGACGAGCCCUCAGACAUCCCAGCUGUGGAGGAAUUCCAAGACGGCGCUGAGGCUGUGGUGAUUUCCACUCUUGAGCCAGAAAAGUCUGAAGAAACAACAGAAUCUCUGGAAGAGCCGAUAGAGGCGGAGGCUGCAGGGAACUUGGAGCAGAUUGUGAGUGAUGUCAACGAGGAAAGCGUUAGUGGACUCCUAAAGCACUUAGAGCUGACAGGAAAUGACCUUGUCACUGACCUCAUUCACAGUGAUGUCAAGAUCCCAGAUGACACUCCCAUCGUAGACAUAAGCACCCCAACUGAGCUGAUGUGAGCCCAAGGAAGAGGAUUCAUGAAAGAAGUGAACGGAUAUUUUCUGUGAAACCCCCCCUAAGCCCUUCACAUGAACGAAUCAUGGACACAAUGUUUUUUCUCUCAACUUAAGUGGCCUGAUAAAGGCAAAGCUUUCCUCUCUUUUAACUCUGUAUAUUUUUUGUGGUGCAAAAUGAACUCUGGAACAAAGUGUCUUGUCUGUUUCCACACUAAACUACAUAUUAAUACAUUUAUGAUUUUUGAUACUUUUAUGCAGCCAGAAGGUGUGUGGGUGAGGAGUAAAGGAACUUAAACAGCACAGUGGCUACUAGUGUACUUAAGUGCAUUGUUGGACAACAGAGAUAUUCCUCUAUGCAAAUUCACCAAACAGAAUUUUCUUUAAGGAAAAGUGCCAUUGCUAUAUUAAAACCCCAUACAGAAAGAUUGAAAUGUGAAAUUAUUUUUUUUUUUAAUUUUCAUGAUUAUUAUGUACAAAGGGGAAAGUCUAAGCUUUUUGAAGUGGAUAUGUGAGUGUAAAGUUAAUACAAAAAGACAGGCAAGGGACACUAGCAAUGCAACCAAAGAUGGAAACACGAUACGCAUAACACUCUAAAGCAGGACAAAAGUGUCCAGUAAACAUGUAUGAGUCAACAUACUCAUGUUUGGACUUUACAAUGUUCCUCUAGCAGAAGCAGAGGAUGAUUUUUAAUUAUUGGCUUGCUUGUGAAAAUAAAAAUAAUAUUCCACAUG